GUUCUAUCUACCCAACCCACGCACACAGAAGAGUCUCUGCUGAACAAAACAUUAUGGGAAUCAAAAAUUUUUGAAGUUCUUAAAAAAGCCGAAACAUCUUAUCCAAAGCUUUCAACUUUUCCUGCCGCUGCGAACAACUCUGUUGUGGUUGAUCUUAUCGAAAGAGACAGAACCCAAUCGUAUUUGAAACUGUUUUUCUAUGUGCACCAAAAUAACUUCUUCCAACCUUCUCCAUCUAUUGUGUACCAGCUCAAUCAAAUACCAGGAGACUGGCUGGCAGUUUAUCUUGGAAUGCCGAUCAUAGAAAAACCGAAAGUUUACGAUUUAGGCGCUUAUGAAAAAGAAGAUGAUUUCCUAUGGAUAAUUGGAACAGUUGUCAUUUGUUUUCUUGGAAUAUUCUUGAUUUGUUGGUCUUUCAUUUUUGUGUACACAUUUAUACUACAAGCCAGUGCAAUGGAUAAAUGGUUACCAAAGCCAAUAAUUAGCGAGUCUAAACAAAUAUUUUAUAAAAAAGAAAAGUCACAAGAAGAAUUUAAGAUAAAGAAAGACUCACAAAUACAGACCGACACUCCAGAAUCUUCAAAGUCAAAAACAAACAAAUCUGAACGAUCACUUAAAAAUAAAUCAGUAAGUGUCGGGACAGUUUCAGAUUCAAAUUUCACAGAAGCUCGACUUUCAACUGUUACAGAAAUAAGUUUAGAAAAACCAAUGAGUGCCAGUGUAAGCACAGUAAAUGAAUCUAUUGCACCUCAGUCUGAAACACAAGUUCUAUUACCAAAUGAACAAAGUGGUAUUACAAAUCAGCCACUUAAUGAAAUCAAGACCAAUGAGAAGUAUGUUACAAAUUCAUUUGAAAUUGAUAUCUGUUAAAUUAGGAACUCAAAGAAUGAAGUGACUAUCGAAAAUGAAGGCGAUUUAUUAGAGGCAUCUGAAACCGAUAAAACGCAUACUUUUGGAUCAUUCGAUCAUGUUAUACCUUUCGUGAUGUCUGUUCCACCACGUCCAGAAGCGAUUAAAUUGGCGAAUUUAUUAAACUCUCAAAAAAUAACGGAAACGUAAUUUAAUCAAGGCUGUUUGAUUGCUUCAACCAGAAAUCGAUAUAAAAGACACAACUGUCUUCAUACUACUAUUAUAAUUAUAUCCAUCUUUACGGUGAAAAGUAUUUAAUCUUAUAUUUUUGUGGAGGAUACACUAUACUUUCGCCAUUAAAACCAUGAAGCUUUAGAUAUUUCACUGCUUUAAGAUGAAUUAGAUGUCAUUCAUAGUUUUAAAAAUGACUUUUUAUUUUCAUUCGAUCAAGCUUUAUCAAUGUAGACUUUUUUUCCUAUGUAUUUUUUUAAUAACACUCUUUUUACUAGAAGUUUAGUCCACGUAAUCUUACUAUUUGUAUGAUUGAUAAUUAUAUUCUAAAUAAAAAUACACUUG